AGACGCACUGUUCCACUGAUACUGCUGCGCGACUGCAGACGGGUCGAUGCGCUUAUUUAGCGACCUUUUUAUUUGUCUGAAAUAACAAGACUGGUGAGUGCUUUAUUUCUUCCACACGUUUCCUGUAAGCCUCUCUGGGAACUCCAUAGCCGAAAUGGAUGGAGAUUCGCUGUUUGGUGUCUCAGGUCUGAUCAUGGAGAAUGGCAUCAGCAGCGUCUCCUGGAACCCUUUCUCUUCAGAUCCACAGAGUCCAGUGAAUGGAGAUCGAGGUGCUGUCCACACAGUCGGAGAGAAUCAUUCUGAUCAGGACUGUGAUGUGAAAACGGAGAACAGUGUGUUACCAAACACGAGUUUAUCCAAAAGUGACAGCGUUCAUCAGACGGCAGAGUUUUCAGAUGAUCCUUUUCCAGCUCCAGACUGGGUUUCGUUUCCUCCGCCUGAUUUUUACAAAGACGACACAGCGGCAGGCAAACGGAGUGAAGAAGUAGACAUUUUCAACCCUUUCAAAGAGAAGGUAGACACUGAUGUCAAUCAGAACGCAGAAUCCUGGCCUUCGUCCAAUCAGAACGCAGAAUCCUGGCCUGCGUCCAAUCAGAACGCAGAAUCCUGGCCUGCGUCCAAUCAGAACGCAGAAUCAUGGCCCUCGUCCAAUCAGAACGCAGAAUCAUGGCCCUCGUCCAAUCAGAACGCAGAAUCCUGUCCUGCGUCCAAUCAGAACGCAGAAUCCUGGCCUUCGUCCAAUCAGAAUGCAGAAUCAUGGCCCUCAUCCAAUCAGAACGCAGAAUCCUGGCCCUCGUCCAAUCAGAAGGAUCCUCUCCUGGAAUACAUCCUCUCCAGAGGGAAGACCUUCCCGGCUCCAGCGUCUGAACCCCCCAGUGUUAAUCAAGAAGCCUCCUCUAAAGCGGACGGGUUCCUCAAGGCUCCUUCAGCGUCCUCCUCGCCGUUCGUUUCUGACACCAACGAUAUCUUCAAGAGAUCUGAAGUCUCUGACAUCCAGGCGUUGGAUCCUCUGUUUGCCCCUCAGACUGAAGUCCGUUCCUCUCAGAAGAGCGAGGAGGAUCUGCUGUUGUCCCGUCAGGAUGAGGCUCAUGAUGUUUCGACAGACAGAGUCCUUCAGGAGACGCCAGCUUUAGCAUCAUCUUCCACAAACCUCUCAAAUGGAGAUCUGAUGUUCAGGAGGCGUCUGUCCAGAGCUGCUCCCCGCAGUAAAGCCCCGAGGCGCCUGCAUCCGCCCCCUGCUCUCUCUCAGAUCACGCCGGCUGCUGUGGAGAGAGAUCCGCUGGUGUACGAAGACGUUCUGCUCAUCGGUCAGGAGAACUGUGUGGAGGACUGGCCUGAACACAGUCCUGAGCUCUCUCCAGACUGGAAACCAGCCGGCAGGCUCACGCUUCGGAGAGACUCUGUCCGGAUUCCAGCCGCGUCUGCUGGAGGCGGAGAGGAGGAUCUGAAGAAGAGCGGGAGGCAGAGUCUGGGGAGGAGACUGAGACACUCGCUGCUCAUCAGGAGGAGCUCCAAGGAUAAAAGUGGAGAUGAAAUGAAGAGCUCCGAGACGAACACAAACUCACUGAAUCGACACUCAAAGCUCAUUAACAGCACGGAUGAAGAAGAAGAGCAGAAUGAAGCUGCUGAGUAUAAACCGAAGAAAACAUCAAAACCCAAGAUUAUUAUACACCGCAGAGGCUCUAAGGUGAAAUCUGCUGAAGCUCCACACUAUAAGGAUGAUUUACCCUCCUCAUGGAAGCAUGCUGAUCUCAACGCUUUGAGAGAGAAAAAAUCAGAAGUUGUGGACUGCAAACCGAAGCAGUCACAUAAAUUCAUGCCUACUGUGCCUCACCGAUCAUCGAAGAGCCCAGAGAUGGACACACAUCUGGAUGAUGAAGAAUCAAACACAGAGGAGACGGAUGGACAGCAGAAAUUGAAAAAGAAAGUGCAAGUUAAGUUUGUUCCACGCAGAGGGUUUGUCAUCGCUCGGUCCAGGGUGAGUGCUGACACCUCUCUGUUUCUUCAGUUUGAGCACUUCUCUGGUGUGAACACACUCUUCUGUGUCUGCUCACAGCAUGACAAGACUAAUAACCAAACCCAGGAGGAAACACCACAUCUGGAGGACGGAGCUGACGCUGAGCUGAAGGGGGCUUGUGGCUUCACUCCUCAUCCUCCGACGAAGGACGGCGAGCGGUUCGAUGACCUGAAGGGAGCGUUCGGUCACGAGUUGAAGACAGACACGCUCCUGAAGUCUGAAGCUGGACGCAGUUACUCACCCAACCGUGUUCAGAGUCCACAUUCUAAUGGCUUUACGAGUCCAGCGUGGGAUUCAAAGGCAGAUCUCACACAGUCAGACGCCAGCAAGAAACAUCAGAAGAAACCACCAAUGUUUACAUUCCCUCACCUGCAUCGCAGACAGUCAAAGAGUUUUGAAGAAGCUGAGAUCAAGCAGAGCAGAGAUUCACAGAUGAAGAAGCCUCCUCUUCGGUCGCAUCGAGACUCAAAGAGCUCUGAAGAUGGCGAGCUCCCUCAGAAGGGUGCAGAUCUGUUCAAAGCAGGAGACGUGGAGCUGGCGGAGGAAUAUACGCCGGUAACUUCAUCAUUUCAUCAGACUAAAGACAUAAAGGAGUUUUCUGAAGACUUCCUGGAGCCUCCAGGAGCCGUGUCUGGAGAUUUUCACUUGUCUGAUGCUGCUAAGGCCGAGUGGCUGUCGGCUCAGAUGGACAUGAGACGACUGAAAGCUCAAGAGGAAGAACAGAAGCGCGAGGAAAAGGAUGAUGAAGGGGACACUGACAGUCUGAUGGAGUGGUGGAACACAGUGGAGUCUUGGGAUGAAAUACCUCCUGAUGAGGCCAUCAGCACUAAAGAAGAAGAGACCAUAUCGUUUAAAGCGGUCGCUGAUAGGGUCCACCGCGGCCUCCGCGUGUAUCUGAAGCUCUUCAUGGAGCGCGCCGAGCUGCUCUACCAGCACGUGCUGAUCUUAUACGGUAUCGCCGACGACCUCAGCAACUUCCACCACAACGCUAAAAUCGCCAACAUCACGGGAGGAACCACCACCGCUGUGGGGGGAGCCGCGGCCAUCGUGGGGCUGGCUCUGAUCCCCGUCACGUUCGGAGCGUCCAUCAUCAUCACGGCCAUCGGAGUGGGCGUGGCUACAGCGGGGGGCAUCACGGCCGCCUCCGCCUCCCUCUCAGACACCAUCAACAACAUGCACGACCGUAAGAAGAUUGAGCUAAUCAUCAUGGACUACGAGGCCCAGCUGGUGGAAAUGCAGCACUGUUUGCGAUUCGUCAUUGAAGGUCUCUGUCGACUGCAAUCUCAUCCGCUGCUGCGACGAAACAACUACUACACGGGCGACUGGGAGGUGCGACGCGCACUCCAGACCAUUAGCUUAGCUAGCGACCCGGUAGAGCGAGCGGAAGAACUCAUUCAAUGCACGCUGGCCAAGUUAGCCAGUCUGCAGAAAGGAAUAGACAAGUACUUCACCAAAGACUUGAAGGAGGUGAAGAAGGGCUGCAAGAAGGAGGUGACGGCCGAAGUGCGGAGUCUGGCCAAACAGCUGCAUGAAGGUUUAGCGGCGUUCAGCUCCAUCAGAGAACAGCUGCUCGACGCCGGCGGAUACAUCUAGCAGUCAUCUCAGAUAAGCUUUGGUGUCAGAUCUCUGCGCUCCCAUUGGUUGUCACUGCUCAUUUGCAUAAAAUGGAAUGGUGAUUUUCAGCAAGUUCUGACUCUCACUGAGAUGAAGUGAAGUCAAGCUGCUUUGUUGCUGUGAAUCGCUGUCUGUAUGCGAACACUUUCGAUGACAUCUCUAGAUGAUGCAUUUAAGAAAUCCAUUCUGCACGCCAACGAUUUCAAGAUUCCUCCACAUAUUUAAGAGACUUAAAUAUGUGGCAAACUGGUAUUUCCUGUUAUAUUUUAAUUGACUAUCGUGUUCAUAAAACACACUGGUUUGUAGCACAAAUACUUCCUCACAUUCUUACUCAGAUAGCAGAUGUAUAUCUGCAAGAUCUCUUGAUCUGGAAAGCAUCUGCUGUGUACAAACAUCUGAUGUCAGUUUUACAUGUAUUCGAAAUCAUAAACAUCUUACAGACAUCUUCUAAACGUCUGUUUGACAUCUGAUUGGAAACGUCCUGUAGAUGUAUUGCAGAUGAGCAACACUCUAAAAAAUAUGUCUUGCAGACGUCAAAUAGACGUCUUUGUGAUGUACGUGUGCUAUGAGCGUAUUCUUGUAGUUAUUUCCCUGAUACGAUGUCAUUAAGAUGUUCAUGAUUUUGAAUGCAUGUAAAACUGACAUCUUUGAGAUGUCUAUCAGAUGUUUGUACACAGCAGAUGCUUUCCAGAUCAUGAGAUCUUUAACAGACAUCUUGUAGACGUUGCUAUAUGGUUUAGUGAUAGAGGAAGCCUCGCACAUUCACAGGAAAUACUUCAGCUUUACAAAAUGAGGAUAUGUAGUCACAGAUGAUAUUACAUUGCAUCUGUAUUGUACAACUGCUGUGCUGCGGUCACAGUUUGUGGUUAAAAACCAGUUCUUGUUCACAAUCUGGUUCUGCUUUUGGUGAGAAAGAAGCCGCAGACAAGAAUCACUUUUAUCUAUUUAAAAAUAAAAAGGCUUUAGGCUUUAGAUAAACUGAAUUUUUAUGUAAAUCUUUCAUAUGCUUUUGCACAGAUUGUAUUAUUAACAACCCUAAAGCUGUUACACACACACACACACACACAAAGUUAUUUCAUGUCUUGACAUGAUGUUGUGCAAUACUGGAAUGAAGGUUACUUUCAUUAAGA